UCGAACAGUGCUCUUAGAACAAUCAAAGUAUUUCAGUUAAACCAAAAACAAAACCCCAUUUAAAGAUGAAAUUCCUGAUCGCUUUCGCUGUUGUGCUGGCCGUGGCUUUGGCUGCCCCAGUCGAUGAGAAGGAUGCCCAGAUUGUCAAGUACGACAACGAUCAUCAGGGAAUCGAUGGAUACAAUGUGGCCUACGAGACGAGCAAUGGAAUUUCCGGCAAGGAACAGGCUGAGCUGAGGAAGUUCCCCGAUGAUGUUGCUGCCAUCGUUGUCCGUGGAUCGUACUCCUACACUGGUGCCGAUGGCCAAGUCUACACCGUUAACUAUGUUGCAGAUGAAAAUGGAUUCCAACCGGAUGCUGCUCACAUCCCACGAGCUUAAGCUAAGUGAUAUUCUAAUGGAGGAAUGAUGUAAAUAAAUAGUUCAAAAAUUAA